UACACACCUCCAUCACCGCCUCCGCCACCUGGCGCCGACGAUUCCGACUUCUGAGUCCUAGUUCAGUGUUCACAGCGUUGUCGAGAGACGUUAUUUGUAUGACGCUCUGUUUCUGUUUUUUUCGUACGAAAUUUCGCGCGCCAUUUUUCCUGAACCAUUUUAUUUUUCUAUGACGCCAUAAAGUCGAUUGCAUUAUGGGAACUCUGGACAAACACUGCACCGGCUACAAAAUCGACGAUGUGUUCAAGUCUAAUGCCCUGGUAGACAUAAGGGCUUGCAACAAGCCCGUCAUCAAGUCAUUAUUCCGUGGAGUACGUAGUUCAAAGUUUCGUCAUGUAUAUGGAUCCCCGUCCAGGCGAGAAGAAUUGUAUGACAAUAUACCAAUCACACGUAAUGCUCAUGAUUCUAAUUUUUGUGCUGCCAACCCAAAAUUUGUUGCCAUUGUGACAGAAGUAGCUGGUGGUGGAGCAUUUGUAGUUUUACCAAUCAAUAAGACUGGCCGUUUAGAUUUAAAUACCAGCAAAGUUACUGGUCAUAGAGGUCCAGUUUUGGAUGUAAAAUGGAAUCCAUUCAAUGAUAACAUAAUUGCUUCUUGUUCUGAUGAUUGUACUAUUAAAUUGUGGUAUAUCCCAGACAGCGGUCUAAGUUGCAACUUGAAUGAAUGGCUGAUAGAGUUAAGCGGACAUCGUCGGAGAGUGGGUUACAUUGAAUGGCAUCCAACUGCAGAAAAUGUCAUAGCUAGCUCUGGUUAUGAUUACAUGGUUAUGUUAUGGGAUGCAGGAACUGGUCAAAUUUUGAAUACAAUUGAUUGCCAUCCAGACAUUGUGUAUUCAUUAACAUUUAAUAGAGAUGGUACCAGAUUAGCAACAACUUGCAAAGACAAAAAAGUUAGAUCAAUUGAUCCUAGAUCUGGAUUAGUAGUUUCAGAGGGAAUUUGUCAUGAAGGGUCACGUUCGUGUAAGGUAAUUUAUUUAGAUAAUGAGCGGUUAUUGACCACAGGUUUUUCAACAUAUUCAGACAGGCAGAUAGCUAUUUGGAAUCAUACUGAUUUAUCAGAACCUUUGCAUCGUGUCAAUAUUGACUCAUCAUCAGGAAUCUUAUUCCCGUACUAUGACUAUGACACGAGAAUGGUUUACUUAGCUGGAAAAGGUGAUGGCAAUAUAAGAUAUUAUGAAAUAGUUGACGAAUCACCAUAUAUACAUUUUUUAAAUCAAUUUAUAUCUGGUUGUCCACAGAAAGGAUUUGGAAUGAUGCUUAAACGUGGCUGUAAUGUGAGUCGUUGUGAAAUUAUGCGGUUUUAUAAAUUACAUACUACUCGAAAUGUCUGUGAACCGAUUUCAAUGAUUGUUCCAAGAAAGAGUGACCAAUAUCAACAUGACCUGUAUCCUGACACUGCUGCUCCAGUACCAGCAUUGAGUGCCCAAGAAUGGUUUAAUGGAAUCAACAAAUCGCCAGUUUUAAUGUCAAUGAAAACAGGAGUAUCAGUGAAAACACAUAAGCCUCAAGCAUUCGUUUCCAAUGAAGCGACUCGCAAUGACACCAAUUAUCGUAUGAAAUUUGCCUUCCUCUCCAAGGAAACAGUGCCUGAUUAUCGACCACUAGAUAUGUUGCCAGAGAUUGAAAAGAUCCAAAAGACUCAAGUUAAUCAAAACACAAGAUUUCAACAAAUACAACAGAAAUUGAGUAAUUCAUUAGUAGGAAAAUUCACUAACAUGACUGAUGGUGAUGAAGAGUGUAAUAAUAUGAAGGAAAACUCAAAUUACAAUGAUAAUUUGAAAAACGAAUAUCAAAUGAAAAAAGCUUUCACUCGUCAAUGUGAAGAACUAAACAUGCUCAGAAAGCAAUUGGCCCACAGAGAUCGACGCAUUCAAGACCUCGAAGAUCUCGUUUCCUCACUUCAAUCGCAACUUAAGGUUCAAAGAUUGCAGUAAUCAGUAGAUUAUUACCGGGUGCAAUUUUCUCACUCUAAUGUCUAUAUAUAUUUUUUAUAUUACUUUUGAGCUUAUGCCUUUUGGCUAAAAGUUUGGCCCAAAGAUUAUGAAACCUACUUGAGUAAUAAUUAAUCAAAUAAGCUUUGAAGCUUUGAGCUGCAACUGUUUUUAAACUAAGAACUAAAUUCAGGGUUGAAACCAAAUGUUUGGAGGAAAAAAUACAAUUCUUUUUUGCACCCUACUACUUCUGUGAUCAAAUAAUAAUUUUGUAAUUUUGCAUAACCUAUAAUUUUUUUUAAAAUUAGGUUACCAUUUAUAUAUUUUGGUUAAGCGAUGUAUGUUUUUGCUAGUAAUUGAGUGUAGUUAUUUUUUAUUAUAAGUUAUAAUGCAAAUAAAUUGAGGUAUCAUAUCAAAUAAGAAAAAUUAUUUCUUAAAAAUAAAAUAUAUAAAAGAGAUAAUGUUACAGUGAAAUCUGAUUGAUUGUGUAUUUGAAGUCCAAAAAAAUCAGUCAAUAUUAUUUAUUUAGUUAUUUUCAAAGACUUUAUUUGACUUUAUUUAACUUUAAGGACAAUUAUUAAUUUACCAGCAGUUAAACAUUUUUCGUGAUGUCCUUACGUUUUUUGGGGACUGUUAGCAAAAAUCAAAUCAUUAUGUCAUAUUAUGUAUUAUCAUACAUUUUGUUUUGCUUUAUUAUAUUGUUCGAGGAAUAAACAAAAUUAUAAUUUACUGCUACAUUAAACAUAAGAUGUAUUUUCUCUGCCUAUGUGCAAGUUGGACGUUGGACGUACUGUCAAUCAUUUUGAUUAAUAUCAAACACAAUUAUUUUAUAUCACAUUGACCAACAAAUUGAUUAUCUAAUAUGGACUGAACAAAUACAAAACAUAUGCUCCAAUAAUUACAAAUAAUGCUACUAUACAGAAAUCUAAGUAUAUAGCAUAAACUGAUGUAUAUUAUUUUAAUAUUAUAUUUAAAUUUGUCUUAAAAUGCUACAAAAUAAAUACAGCUUGUGCUGUAACGCUUUAAUGAGAUUCUACUGCUUGUGUUUUGUGUUUUAGAAAAAUAUUUGAUUUUUUUAAAAUAAUAUAGAGAUGAAUUUCAGAUACAUUUUUCUGGCCGGCAAUUCUGUUUUUAAUAUAAUAGAUUACAUACAUUUUAUAUUGCGUUGUUUGAAUUGUAAUAAGUCUAUAAAACUAUAUAAUAUGCACAGUCAGGUUAGGCAAAGUCGCUGCCGAUGUAUUUUACAUAAUACUAUAUGAAACUACUGAUUGCUACAUUUGAAAAAAAUGUAUCUUUAAGUUCUGAAAUAUAAUAUAAAACCCUAUUUUAUAUUAUAUUGCCUUAAUAAAUGUGUAUAUUUUUUACAAACAUGAAAUUUUGUCUCGCCUGACUCGCUAUCAAAAUUUUGUUUAAUAUGCCAUUAUUUAUUUUUGUGAAAUUUAUUGUAACCGUUACAUGAAUUUAAUACGGUGAAUUGAUUAUGUAUACAUGAGUUUAAUACAAUAUCGUGCUUUAAUUUAUUUAUUUUCUUGCGGUUUUAGAUGUUUAUUGAUAGAAACAUUUUAAAAUAUUAUGUAUCAAUUUAAUUUGUAUGAAAGUUAAUUGGUUAUUAAAAUGUUAAUCGUUAACAUGUUUUAUAAAUUGUUUGAUAUAGUCGACUUUAUGGGUCACCUUAAAAUAUUGUUCAUUGUUUGGUUCUUUCGAUAAAAGUUAUGUGGACAUUCUACUGUCUCUAAAACCGCACGGAAACAAGUGAUGGGGAUGUGCAUAUUUUAUUUUAUGAUUAAAUGAUUAAGUUUUUUAGUUUGACAGUUAUUAAGUUUUAUUUUUUAUUAUUUUGCCUACAUAAGACAAAGUCAUCCACUUAAGUUGUAUAUCAUUAUGUUCAUACAGUCUAUUAAUGUUUUCUUGUAUAAUUAAUUGAUUUGAUUAAUAAACAAUUUUUAUAUGUACUACGUAAAAGAGGUAGUAUCUGAGGAUGUUAAUACUUUAUAUUAACAUGAUUUUUAUUUGUUUUUAAUUUUUUUAUUGUGUUAAAAUAUGUUCAAUGUUGUACUCACAUUCCCAUCAAUCGAAUAUUAUACGCUUUGAACAAAUAAAUAAAUAGUUUGUACCUGUUUUUGAUGUUUCGCUACUAUAAGCUACAUUUUUUUUUUUUUACAUUUAUAUUAAAAUAUUAAAUGAAACAUUAAUAUAUA